AUGAGGAGACUGGUAGCAAAUGCAGUGUUGCUGGUCGGUGUGAAUCUGUCGGGUGUGUUUGUUCGAGUCCGUACUGAGCGUGCCCAGAGGAAGGCCUUCCUACAGGCCAGAAACUGCAUCCAACAGCGCCUGCAACUAGAGGACGAGAACGAGAAACAGGAACGCCUCCUGAUGAGCCUGCUGCCCAGAAAUGUUGCAAUGGAGAUGAAAGAGGACUUCCUGAAGCCACCAGAGAGAAUCUUCCACAAGAUCUACAUUCAGCGGCACGACAACGUCAGCAUCCUGUUUGCAGACAUCGUGGGCUUCACCAGUCUGGCGUCUCAGUGCACUGCGCAGGAGCUGGUCAAACUGCUCAACGAGCUCUUCGGCAAAUUUGAUGAGCUCGCUACAGAAAACCACUGCCGAAGGAUCAAGAUCUUGGGUGACUGUUAUUACUGUGUGUCCGGCCUGACUCAACCCAAAGCAGACCACGCACACUGCUGUGUAGAGAUGGGUCUGGACAUGAUCGACACCAUCACGUCUGUUGCAGAGGCGACGGAGGUGGACUUGAACAUGCGUGUGGGUUUGCACACGGGCCGUGUGCUGUGUGGUGUUCUGGGGCUUCGCAAGUGGCAGUAUGAUGUCUGGUCUAAUGAUGUUACACUGGCUAACAUGAUGGAGGCAGGAGGACUGCCCGGGAAGGUGCACAUCACGAGGGCGACGUUGGAGUGUCUGAAUGGAGAUUAUGAAGUGGAGCCAGGAUUUGGCCAUGAGAGACAUGCUUUCCUCAGCAAACAUGCCAUCGAGACCUUCUUCAUCGUGCCCUCACACAGACGCAAGAUUUUUCCUGGGCUGAUCCUAUCAGACAUAAAGCCGGCGAAAAGGAUGAAAUUUAAGACCGUCUGUUACCUGCUGGUGCAGCUCAUGCACUGCAGAAAGAUGUUCAAGGCUGAGAUCCCUUUCUCCAACGUCAUGACCUGUGAGGAUGACGACAAGAGACGAGCGCUACGAACAGCUUCUGAAAAGCUACGUAACCGGACGUCAUUUUCAGCAGGAAUGGUGCAGAAUUCUCCAGGGACCCGAGUGAACCGUUAUAUUGGCCGUCUGAUAGAAGCACGACAGACGGAGUCAGAGACGGCAGACCUCAACUACAUCACCCUCACUUACAGGAGCAGAGAGAGAGAGCAGAGAUACCAGCAAGUGUAUGAUGAUGCCUUCAUCAGUGCAGUGGUUAUCUCGCUAGUCCUCACGUCAUUUUUUGCAGUGGUCUAUUUUCUUAUCAUUCCUCAAGGUCUUCUGGUUGUAAUUCUGCUGGUUCUCUGUUUAUGCUUCCACAUGGCAAGUGUGAUGUAUCUUCACGUCACGCAUGCACAGUGCUCCCCUGACUGCCUGACCCUGCAGAUCAGAACGGUUUUGUGUGGGUUUCUGGUGCUGCUGAUGUACUCCGUGACCCAGGGGUGUGUGGUGACAUGCGUGCCGUGGUCACUGGAGGGGAAUUCCAGCAUCUCCAUGGUGACAGUUGUCACAGUGAACGGGACCGGCGUGGGCUACAGGGUGUGCAAAUACACUCCGUAUGUAUUUUUAUCAUGUGUGAUGGCAUCUCUAUCUGUGGCCCUGUACCUACGUGUCUCAUCACUACCUAAGAUCCUCCUGCUUCUGCUUCUUAACAUCCUCCACACUGUCGUCAUGGAGACCAGCGGCUAUCGGAAGGCCGUUGGAGGUGGAUUUUUUCACACACAUGGUUAUGACCCGGUUCUGGCGAUGCUGUUGUUUUCUGGAGCUCUGGUGCUUCACUGUAGGCAGCUGGAUCUCAAGCUUAGACUGGACUACCUCUGGGCCACACAGGCUGAGGAGGAGAGAGAUGACAUGGAGAGAGUGAAGCUGGACAAUAAGAGGAUUCUCUUCAACCUGCUGCCUGCUCAUGUCGCUCAACACUUCCUACUAUCCAACCCCCGAAACAUGGACCUGUAUUAUCAGUCAUACUCUCAGGUGGGCGUCCUGUUCGCCUCCAUCCCUAACUUUAAUGACUUCUACAUUGAGCUGGAUGGAAACAACAUGGGUGUGGAGUGCCUCCGGCUGCUAAACGAGAUCAUCGCAGACUUUGAUGCGCUGAUGGAUAAGGAAUGCUACAGAGACAUUGAGAAGAUCAAAACUAUUGGAAGUACUUACAUGGCUGCUGUCGGACUCGUCCCUACUGAGGGAUCCAAGGUAAAGAAGUCCAUUUCAGCACACCUCUGCACAGUGGCUGAUUACGCCAUUGAGAUGUUUGACGUCCUGGAUGCCAUCAACUACCAGUCUUACAAUGACUUUGUGCUUCGAGUUGGUAUUAAUGUGGGUCCAGUGGUUGCUGGUGUAAUUGGGGCUCGCAGGCCUCAAUAUGACAUCUGGGGUAACACAGUCAACGUCGCCAGCAGAAUGGACAGCACUGGAGUUCAGGGAAAGAUACAGGUGACAGAGGACGUCUUCCGCCUACUCUCGGGUUAUUAUCGCUUCAUCUGUCGUGGCCAAGUCAGUGUGAAGGGCAAAGGUCAAAUGCUCACCUACUUUCUGGAGGGCCGAACCCCUCAAGGUGCCCAGUACAGCCGAUCCAAGAGUCCGGAUCAAGACUCGAGCCCAUGCAUCCGGACCAAACUGGGCUCUGCACCCGCCGUCAGCAGCUACGGCGUAAAGAGUCACACCGUGGGACACGUGGGCACCUCAAACAACAGCAUUCUGUACCUGCCCUCAGUGUCCGUCGACAUGGAGAUGGAGGUGUGAUAGGCACGUAGACGCUUAAUUGGCGACCAAUGCAUUAGUAAAUCAGAGGCAGGGAGGGAAACCCAGCACAAGGUAGGGAUGAAAAACGAGGAGUAUUUGCACAGAGGAGAGAAACAUUCAAUUGUGCCAAACUGAGAACAUCCCUCUCCCUUCACGCAAGUACAUAAUAAGCAUGUGUGUGUGUCUACGUGUGCACGUUUGUGUGUGUUUUAUUGAGUCUUCCCCAGACCAACAGGAUAUCAGGGUCUCCUAUACGGGAGCAUGCGAUCUACUGCAAAGGCAGCUUCACACCAGCCGAGGAGACACGUACCCUACGUGUGUGUCUGUGUGUGUGCGUGUGUGUGUGUGUUUUCUUGCAUCGCAAAAUGUCAAGAGAUGCCACGGUGAUGAAUAUUGUGAACACAUGAAUGGACCAAACCUUUCAAUUAAUAAACAGCGCUGUAUUUUGUACGUGGGAGGAUGUUUAGGAUUUGAACGGGAGAAACUUCACACACACGUGUUGGGUUUUUCCAAAAGAAAAAAGAUAAAUGGUUCCUCAUAUUGAGAUCUGCUUUGAAUAAAUUGUUUACAUGAAGAACACGUCACAGGUUUACAGACCUGAUAGCAAAGUUAUUCUCAGCUCUUCGGUUUUUAGGCCCUCUCGUCUGCGGUUGUGGGAAGAAAGAGAGAGAGAUCGGCAGAAAUACUAAACAACCACAGUGAAUCGGAGACUGCAGUGAUUUACUAGCCAAUCCUGUUUUGUAAUCAUUUACAGAAAGUUGGUCGAGUCUGUGACGUGGGUAAAUGUUUAACUUUGCGUAGGUUGAAUCAGCACAGUUUUCCUGUAUGUGAUGUGUGCACGCACUUGGUGCUUGGACAAAACAUCUUUAUGCACUUGCUGCUGCCCUUUGCCCUCUUAGAUAUUCUUUCCAGUAAUAACCGAUCCCAUGUGGAAUAAUAAGCAUCAAUUUGAUACAAUCUAAAUACCAAUUCAUUGCUUGAUAAUACUACAGUAGUCACUGGUAAUACAAUUAACAAAAAGCAAACCAAUUGGCUUCCAGUAUGUGAUAAAAUGGCCUAAAAAGCGAUAGUUUGUCCAUGAAUUUAAAUUUGCUGUUUUUACUCACCCUCAAUCCAUCCAAGAUGUAGUUAUUUUGCUUCAGUUUAACAAUAAACAUUUUCAGUUAAACUUGUGGUCCUUAGUGAUUCAUAAAAUGCAAGUCAAGCACUUUGAGGAUAGAGAAUAAAAAACAUAUAUAGGCAAAACAAAUUUGAUACUUGUGUUUCCUGAUGAUACACUGAGGUCUUAUGAAGUACAACAAUUGAUCUGUACAAGAAACUGUUAUUUAGGCCAGUAUCUUUAAUCCAUUGCCUUGGCUAAUGGUUUUAGGUUUAUUGCAUGCUGAGAUCCACAUAAAAAAUAUAUAUAUUUGUUAAAGGGGUGGUCCUCUACGAUGUAAUAUUUACAAAUUUAGUUGAUGUGUAAUGUAGCUGUGUGAAUAUAAACAACAUCUCUGAAUGUAAGAUGCUCAAAGUUCAGUGCAAAGGGAGACAUUGGCUUUUACAUAGAUAGCUUAGCAAAGCCUACAGUGAACAAAGUUAGGGGACUACAAAAAAUACAUCUGGGUUAGUGGGAUCACAAACAAAUUAGGUUAUGCACAUACACUAUGCGCAUUAACACAGCGCAACGAGGGUCGUGGCCGAAGGUGCUGUAAUGUAGCAGAGAAAGCUAAAAUGCCGUCCAAAUGCUGCUAUUUCCACAGAGCUUCUUCUGUUUCUGUAUUUGGGCUUCCAAAGGACAUGAGACAAAGAGAUAGGUGCUUACAUUUUCAUUUUAACUAUGUUCCGUAGAAUUAUAAAAAAAAGAUAUAGCUAGCAUUUGACAAAGGACAGCUUCCAGAAUCUCUCCCAGUUCAGGGCUGGAUUUGGCUAUAAACUCCUCAAAGUAACAGCUGCUCCAACCAUAAUAACAGAAGCCGUGAGCCACAACCUGUAAGUGUUUUAUUUGAUAAAAUUGAACUAUUACAUGCAUAUUGUCUAGUGUUAACGGUAUGUUACAAGGAUGUAAAUAACAGCAAAUGCUGUUUGCCACCAUUAACAGUUUAGCUACAGAUUCAUAUUUAUUCGUCAAACUGCUGUGAGCACCCACAAUUUUCCCCAGCGCUGCAGUGUCUCUCUUUGCUUUCCCUGCGUUCUACAUCUCAAACGAAAUUGCAAAAGAUAUGUGAACGUUUCAUACUACUUGCACAUGGUUAUAACCUGAAUAUAUGUGAAAGACACUUGUCAGGUUUUAUUUUAGAGAGCAGGCGUGAGGUUCAGCUGUGUUCUUUUCAUUUUCUGUCUGAUUCAUGCUCAAACUGAUACGGCUAACAGCUUCUCUGACUAACAGUAUUUACACAGCAGAGACAACACGCAUGCUAUUAGAGGCAUGGUGCUUUUCCUGGUGACGUGGAGCUAAUCCGUCAGUCACAGUACUUUAUGUUAGCUGAUCAAUCAGAGCCUCUUGAGAGCGGGCCUUAAAGGGGAACUAGGAAAUAUGACAGUCUUUUUCAUGUUAGCUGAGUAGCUGUAUAUAAUCAAAGUAAGAUAUAUGAAAAAAUAACGUGAUUUUCUCCAAUAAGAGCAUGAGCACACAUUGCUUUGCAUCUUAUAAACACAACCAAGCCUUAAAAAUACACUCUGCACCACCCCUUUAAAAAUUUAAACAUAAAAGACAACCCUGACCUAACCGUAACAGAAAAAAAAUCUGAUCUCGUUAGAUUUUCUUUGUGUUUUUACAUCUCUAGCAAGUAUUUUGAGAGGUGUUUUGACAAUUCACAACCACCAUACAAAAGCCAAAAUUUAGAAUGCCAACAAAUUGACAAAAAAAUGUAUCCAACAAAGUAAUCCAAUUCAUCUUACAGCACAGAGCACUUUAAGUUAAACUCACUGGAACAUAAAGACACUGUGUGGUGACUGGUUAAAUACCACUGCUGUAUGCUACUGUAUUAUGGUUUUAAUGUGUUCCCAAGCCAUUAUAUGGUGUGUGUGUGUGCGUUUCUUCUCUUUUCAUGAUCAGUUCUAUUCAAUAGACACAAUAUUUCCACUUUCUUUUUCUUGUUUAAAGAGAGAAUUACACUAGAAUCACUACAUGAAGAUUCUUUUUUCCACAACAGUUUCAUUAAUAUCAACAUAGGCUUAUUCUGAAAAUGUAGCCCUAUAUACGUUUCUGGAGAUUGUAAUAUAUGUAGCCAGAAGUAUGUAUGGUUGCUUUUCAUCUUUAAAUCAAACGCUUCAUUUUGCAUUACCAGCUGACCGCUUCUAUCCGUAUGGACAGGUUUUUUUUUUCUGGACUGCUUUUCAAUACUGUUGGUUAGGUUUAGGGAAGUGUGUUGGCGGGUCAAUCGGUGCUUUUGAAAACACAUUGGUUGGGUUAAGGUAAGUAGGAGGGUGGGUCAGUCGAUCAGUCGGUUAGUCAGUCAGUCGACAGCGGCCUCUGGUGGAUUUACACAAUAACAGCAGCCAUGAAUGGCCCUCGCGUGAGAAAUUUGAUAUCAAUAAAAGCGUACACACAGUGACCUCUAGUGGAACAGAAAAAAACAGAAACUGCUAAAAAAAAAACGUAGCUCCUGGGCAUAUUGGCGCUCUCCAGAAAAGUAUAUAGCGGUACAUUUUCAGAAUAAGCAUGGGUUGAUUAAUAUGCAUCAGACUCAGUGUGUAAGGUUUCUGUGUGUGACUAAUUUUUAGAAUAACAAGUCAAACUUGUCCUGCUUUUUAUUCAGGUAUUAGUUGACUUAAUUGUCAUUUAGUCAGUUUGAUGAAUACUUAAUAUUUUGUUUAUCCUGUAAUCAGUGUGUCAUCAGGAGCAACGGAUAUCAUUUUGUUUUGCCCUUAUAUAUUUUUGGACUAGUGACCAAUAAUAAAGUACCAGUAACCUUUAAUAAAAUUCCUAAAUGUUCUACUGAUAAAAAACAGACAUCUUGAAUGCCCAAAAGGUCAGUUAAUCCACAGCAAGUGUUAGUUUUUUGGGUGAACUUCCCCUUUAACAUAAAAUAGAUUUAUUCCACAUAUAUUUUCUUGGUGGCUUUUCUAAGUGGCACUUAGCUCUCAGAUUCUCCUGUCAACGGUAGCAUCUCUCACUGUGCUUGCAGAGCAAUCUUAAACACGCGGUUGAACAUGCAUGAUGUUUUAGUGCUGGAUCUGCAUGUGCUCAGUAGGUCUUAGGUUAAACAUCUGGAUUUCAGUCCAUCUUUUUUCAGAGCAUGCGCUUUGGAAAAGCCUCACGAGCCUCAUUCUGGUUAAGAAAUCUCUUUCAAUUUUUCUUUAUGUGCUAUUACUGUACUUUAAUAGGUUUCCCAUGAUGCCUAGGAAAUGAAGUUUGGCUUCAAGCAUGCCGUUCUGCAUGUCCCUCUCAGCAUGCCGUAAUUCUGUCACGUCGCUCUAUUUGAUAACUGAUUUGUGUCUCUAAUGCAUGCCUACUGCAAAAACACAACCAAGAGUGAAAAGUGUCGAAGAGAUGUUGCAAAACACGCUUUAGUAGCACUGCAUGAGCCCACAAUAAUGGCCUUGAUGAAUCCAACUAUCUUUAUUGGUUUUCUUUUUCAUGCGUGGUGCUGUUGGGAAAGCUUUUUCGGGGAGUUUUGUAGCACUGGCGCCUUGUCGAGCUCUUGAAGUGACUGCCUUUUUAUCCAGAGUUUGUUAAAGAAAGUGUGUUUCUUUAAAUAUGUGCCAACAUAUACAGUUACCAACAUAUCCAACGGUGUUCUUUUCUUGCGCAGCUUUGCGACAAUGUGUGCAUAUUUGAACUUUACUCUCAUACGGACUGAUCGAACCAACGUGGGGCUCAAUACCAACUCGCAAGUGUGCUUUUCCUUUUUAAUUUCGAUGUUUUAUUCACGUUUAGCUAUGUAUUCAGGAAUGCUCUCUCUUAUUAUACUUUUGGCCGCAUUUAGCUUCAUUUACAUGAUAUUUGCAUAUUUAUUAGCAUAUAAGUACAGAGCUGUUCAUUCGAGUCUCAAAUAUCUGUAGAUUUAUUUAUUUUUGGGUUUUGAUUUAUUGAAUAUGAAUGCCAAAUACCAAAAUGCUUCUUGUACCACUGAAUAUUUCAGACUCUAUGAUCCAACAAAUGUAGCCAAACAGCUAAAUGGUUCUAUUUGAUAUGGCUUAAUAUGAUCUAUUUUGACUACGGUGGCCUAACUUACUGCUGUUCUGAAUAUUAAUGAUAUGUUAACUUUAAUAAUGCAUAAAGUGUGCACAGUAAAUCUGAUAGAGUAGAUUUUCAUGUCGAUUAGAUAUUUUCAUAUUUGAUACGGGUCAAAUUAUUGUACGUAUUAAAUAUAUUGUAGAGUAAACAAAAAGAGUAUUUUAUUGAUGAUUUGUAAUAUUUGUGCUAUUUUUGAGGUUGCAAUGUAUUUAUUGCGAUGGUUCUAUGUGAAUGUAAAUUUCAUAUUGAGAUCUUUU